GGGCCCAUCCUCUCCAUCCGGGUCUGCAGGGACAUGAUCACCCGCCGCUCCUUGGGCUACGCGUACGUGAACUUUCAACAACCGGCGGACGCGGAGCGUGCUUUGGACACCAUGAAUUUUGAUGUUAUAAAGGGCAAGCCAGUACGCAUCAUGUGGUCUCAGCGUGAUCCAUCACUUCGCAAAAGUGGAGUAGGCAACAUAUUCAUUAAAAAUUUGGACAAAUCCAUUGACAAUAAAGCAUUGUAUGAUACGUUUUCUGCAUUUGGUAACAUCCUUUCAUGUAAGGUGGUCUGUGAUGAAAAUGGCUCCAAAGGCUAUGGGUUUGUGCAUUUUGAAACACAGGAAGCAGCUGAAAGAGCUAUUGAGAAAAUGAAUGGAAUGCUUCUAAAUGACCGUAAAGUGUUUGUUGGACGAUUUAAGUCACGGAAAGAACGAGAAGCAGAACUUGGAGCGAGGGCAAAGGAGUUCACCAACGUUUACAUCAAGAACUUUGGGGAGGACAUGGAUGACGAGCGCCUUAAGGAUCUCUUUGGCAAGUUUGGGCCUGCCUUAAGUGUGAAAGUGAUGACCGAUGAAAGUGGGAAAUCCAAAGGGUUUGGAUUUGUGAGCUUUGAAAGACAUGAAGACGCACAGAAAGCUGUGGAUGAGAUGAACGGAAAGGAGCUCAAUGGAAAACAGAUUUAUGUUGGUCGAGCUCAGAAAAAAGUGGAGCGGCAGACGGAACUUAAGCGCAAAUUUGAACAGAUGAAAAUGGCAAGCGUGAGAGCUGUGCCCAACCCCGUGAUGAACCCCUACCAGCCAGCACCUCCUUCAGGUUACUUCAUGGCAGCUAUCCCACAGACUCAGAACCGUGCUGCAUACUACCCUCCUGGCCAAAUCGCUCAACUAAGACCAAGUCCUCGCUGGACUGCUCAGGGUGCCAGACCUCAUCCAUUCCAGAACAUGCCCGGUGCUAUCCGCCCAGCUGCUCCUAGACCACCGUUCAGUACUAUGAGACCAGCUUCCUCACAGGUUCCACGACUUGCUGGUAAAAUCACUGGCAUGCUUUUGGAGAUUGAUAACUCAGAAUUACUUCACAUGCUUGAGUCUCCAGAGUCUCUCCGCUCAAAGGUUGAUGAAGCUGUAGCUGUACUACAAGCUCACCAAGCAAAAGAGGCUGCCCAGAAGGCAGUGAACAGUGCCACUGGUGUUCCAACUGUUUGAAUUGAUCAGGGACCACGAAAAGAAACUCGUGCUUCACCGAAGAAAAAAUAUCUAAACAUCGAAAAAUUUAAAUAUUAUGAAAAAACAUUGCAAAAUAUAAAAUAAAUAAAAAAAGGAAAGGAAACUUUGAACCUUAUGUACCGAGCAAAUGCCAGGUCUAGCAAGCAGUGCUAGUCCUAGAUUACUUGAUUUAAAACAACAAAAAAUACAAAAAAAUAGUAAAAUAUAAAAACAAAUUAAUGUUUUAUAGACCCUGGGAAAAGAAUUUUCAGCAAAGUACAAAAAUUUAAAGCAUUCCUUUCUUUAAUUUUGUAAUUCUUUACCGUGGAAUAGCUUGGGAUGUCAGUUCUGUUUUAAGUAGCAGAACUGAUAACUAAGCAAGGAAACGUAAUUUGGAUUAUAAAAUUCUUGCUUUAAUAAAAAUUCCUUAAACAGUG